AUGCAUUUAAAAGUGCUUGUUCUCAUAGCGGUAAGUUCCAUCUACAGAUCUCUCGAUUAUUUCCAGCACUAUGUUUUUUCUAGAUACUACAUCAAUAUGUCAAUGGAGCUCAAGUUGGGAAUGAUGUGUUGAAAACCGAAGUACGCGCAGAUUUUGAUGUUUUUGCUGGAACUUGGAAUCCAGGAGGCUUUCAGUGAGUAGUUAUAUUUAGAAAAACGAAAGCAAGUAAAAUAAUCAUAAAAUUUACAGAUACGGUAAUCCAACAAUUAUCAAUAUGGUUCAAGUGAGAGAAUCCACCGAAAGUGUUUCCUUCGAGUUUUUUCCCCACGAGUACUGUCAAGCAUUACUGGUUUGCUCAUCACCGUACACCGACUUUUCUGGAGACAAUCCAUUAAAAGUUACGGAAGAUAUGUGUACCGAUAAUUUCUUUUAUGUGCCAGCAUCUGGCCAAUUCAAGUUGAUCCAGGGAAACGCGGAAAUCAAAGGAUAUGUUGAUAAAUUGACAUUCGAAGGAAUGGAAGAUAAACAUCAAAUCAAAGUAUCAAAAGAACCAUUCUAUAAAUCUUCGAUUUAUCAGACAGAAAUCAAAGACACGUCAAUUUUGACAAAUAAGGUGUUGUUGGUUUUGUCGAAUUCGAGACAAUGUCAAACAAAUGUUAUUGUCGAUGGAAAAGUUAUAACCAACGAUUUUUUGGUAAAAGAGUGAGUUUUAGAAUUGUUUUGGGACAAAAAGUGGUGUAAGACCAUCAAAAAUAAUUUUCCCUCAAAAGUUAGGGUGUCUUUUGAGUAGUAAACCACAGGAUAUUUUACAAUUCAGGUGGUAUUUCAAGAAGAAACAAUAAAAAUUUGAUUCACCAAUUUUCAAAACAAAAUUUCCCAUUAUUAUUAUUUCAAUUAUUUCAUUAAUUAUUAUUUUCAGCCGCAUCACAAACGAAUUGCCAAAAUCUUUCCAAUAUAGUGGAAAUCAAGCGGAGACACGAACAUUUUAUACUGAUACUCAUUCCAGUGCAAUACGAACACAAGAUGUUUUCCCACAAAUCAAAUCAUGGACUCAGAAAAAUGACAAAUUGAAAAACAUCAAAUUUUCAUGUCAUGUUGCUGGCGGAAAAGUUACAAGUGGUUCUUUGAUUGUCAAACCAUCGGUUUUGCAUAUUAAAAAACAACAAAACACUGACUCUGGAGGAGGAUCUAGAAUUUGGAGAACUUCGAUUGAUACUGGAGAUUGUCAUUGGAUGCGUUUGUGGAUUACGAAAAAAAGCACAACAUGGGAGGAUUAUCCGACUAGAAUCGACGGAGAACUUUCCCAAACUAUUGAUUUUUUGUUUGAAGCUGGUCUUGUAUUCCUUCCUGAUCGUGAAAAUGCUGUUUCUUUGCCUGGUUCUGCCAAACAAAUUCGUAAAAUUUUCCUCAAUCGCUACGCAGACGGAAUUGCUGAACUUGCAUUUGGACAUAUCGGAAAUCGUUUGAUCAAUACAAUUAGUUUCAAAAUGGACAUUUUGAAGGUGGAUGAUCUUGAAUUUUUCUUGAUUCGCUCGGGAUCGUGUGAUGCAAGAUUUGGCGCAGAUGGUAUUGUCGGAGGAAUUUUGGGAGCUGGAUCGUCUUCGAAUGUUCCAAACGAGGUUUCAUUGUCUGAUUGUAAAGCAUAUUCGCUUGAACCAGCAGCAGCACCAGCACCGGGACCAUGA